AUGUCGGGGCCACGCUAUGUGCCAUAUGCCGUCCGGCAGCUGAACAGGGCGAACACCAGAACCGCAACAAUCUCGCCGUAUGCCGCGCGCAGGCAGCAGCAUUUCGUACGCUCUGUAGCAACCGUGACAGCAAUCGGCGCGCUUGCCACCGGCUGGCAGUGGUACAAUGGCAGAGGAGGUAUCUUGCGGGAGGCACACGCCGAGGAGCCGCCUCCAGAUCCGGAGAUGAAGUUUGAGAAGCCAAGGAAGAAGGGCUUGUCAAAAGAUGCCAAUAGAGACCUGAUCAGCUCGCAACAUCUGCAGGUCAGAAGGAGCUGGGAGAAUCCAGGUGUAUAUGCGUGGGGCUCGAACAGUGGGAGAGUAGUGGCACCGGACUCUUCGGAAGCCAACAUCAGGACACCGCGGCGGAUACCAUUCUUCGAUGGGCUACUGUUGCGGGAUCUCAAGAUGGACCGGACGUUCGGCGCAGCGAUAAACGAGAAAGGCGACCUGUUGCAGUGGGGUACGGGCUACUCGAAAGACAGCAACAGUCCGGAGGUCACGUUGAGGGGCAAGAAUCUGACCGCUCUCACGAUAUCGAAGGACCGCAUCUUAGCCCUGAACUCCAAUGGUGACGUUUACUCGCUGCCCGUCUCGAAGGAGGACCAAGAAAAGGGGGUGAAGCCGUCAGAAAGCAGCUGGAUACCCUUCUGGUCCUCCAGCUCUCCCAUCAGCUACCGCCGGCUCUCUCCAAAAGACCUACCGUGGGGCGAGAGAGUCACCUCCGUCUCCGCCGGGCUAGAACACGCCCUUCUCCUGACCUCCAAAGGCCGCCUUUUCUCCGCUGCGGCCGCUAGCGCCGACUUCCCCACCAAAGGCCAGCUCGGCGUACCCGGUCUGACCUGGACCACCCGACCGGAAGGCGCAUACGAUCAGUGCCACGAGAUCACGACCCUGCGCGGCUUCGAGAUCUCCAAAAUCGCCGCAGGCGACUACCACUCCCUCGCCGCCGACAAAGACGGCCGCGUCUUCGGCUUCGGCGACAACUCGCUCGGCCAACUAGGCGUAGACUACUCCCCCGAAUCCUCCUUCGUCGACGCGCCGUCCCUCCUCCCGAUCCAGAAACUCUACGCCGGUACCUCGCAGGCGCCCAAAGUCACCGACGUGGCCGCGGGAGGCGCGAACAGCUACUUCACCAUCGAAGCCACCAAAAUCGCCGCACCGGGUCAAGCCGACGACGCGUCUGCGCAGCGAGGACUAGGCAGAGUAACGGCCGACACCUGGAGCUGCGGGCAGGGGAUCUGGGGCACGCUCGGCAACGGCCGCUGGACACACGUGCAAGCUACACCGACCAAGAUCCCGGCUCUGAGCGGGCUCUUCGAAUACGACGAAGCCGCGGGCCGUGUCGUGCCGAUCCGGCUCUCGCGUCUCAGCGUCGGCACGAACCACGUCGCGGCCGUGAUGAAGAACGUCACCCACACCGGCGCUUCGUCCGCGUCGUCUGAAAACGACACGAAUUGGGGCGCCGAUAUCGUGUUCUUUGGGAACAACGAGUUUUAUCAGCUUGGUACUGGUAGGAGGAACAAUCUGGCGAAUCCGACGUAUAUCCAGCCGCUGGACCAGGUGGCGGAGAGGAAGCUGAGGGGGAAGGAGGAGCAUAGGUUUCAGAUCACGCCGAGGAAGACGGUGGAUGUUGGCGGAAGGAGGGUUAGUAUCGAGCAGAGGGUUGAGUGUGGGAGGGGGGUUACGGCUGUUUAUUCGGGGCUUUGA